UUCCUUCACGAGAAAUUCAUUGCCAAUGGAUGAGCAAGCUCCAUCAUGGUGCAUAGAUGAGCAGCUUUAUUCAUAGGGACAUGUUCCUUCACGGGUGCGGUACGAAAGGACUGAAGCUUUAUUCAUAGGAACUUGACAUGUUCCUCCAUGGCCAAUGGAUGAGCAGGUUCGAUUUAUUGGGUGCAGUACGAAAGGACCGAAGCUUUAAGCAACCCUUUCCAAAGCGAAUGUGCCCACACACGUUCUCAUUAGAAUGCAAAUCUCUCUCCCUCUCUCUCUCUCUCUCUCUCUCUCCGGGGAAGAAUGCUGAACGGUGAAAACCAGUGCUCCACCAGGUGAGAGAGACCGGAGAGCCGUUCGAAAGCGAACGGAGGCGAUUAGGAAGCAAGCCGCUGGUCUCGGAGAACCUAUCGCCAAGCAGCAGCAGAUGGUGUUGGAAACACAGAGUAUAAAAACAUCUCCAUCAUUUGAAGAAGCCAACGGUGUCUGUGCAUCACAUACGCGAAAUGGUUCUGCCGAUAGAAGGAGUUACUUUCUGGGAGAGGUUAUGCAGCCAUAUCAAGCUGAACCUGGUGUAGAGCUGAAUCUAUCAGUCGGUGAUCACGCCAUUGUCCCAAAGAUCGAAAAAAUUCAAGAAUCUGAACUAUCAGAUUUUAAUUCAAAGAUACGAGAUUAGCAGUAUGCCACUUCCUGCCGUCACGCGGGGUGCAUUUUAUGGGUUACUGUCCG